AUGAUGAUGAGCCCCUUGGCGGCGAUGAGGAGCGGCGUGAACGCCUUGACCAUGGCCAUGACGCCAAAGACGUUGGUCUCGAACAUCCAACGCACGUCGUCCAGGUCCAUGUCGGUGGCAGGCAUCACUAUCGAGCCACCGCUGUCGACGUGCCGGGGGGUAGCCGUAGUCCGGGUUCGAGGAGAACGAGUAGCCGAUGAACAGAGGGCUGGUCAGGGUCCUGGUCUUGGAGACCUUGACGGUCGAGCCCGACUUGCGGAAGUCCUCGGCGAAGGUCUCGCCGGUCCUGACGGUGGUGAGAGGGCCGGCGGCAGAGCCGUCGUAGGGGAACGACUGGACGUAGACGGUCUCCUGGCACUUGUUGCGCACGACGGCCUGCUGGGCAGAGACGCCAGCGACGAGGGCGACGGCCGCGAUGGUGGAGGUGAACUUCAUUUUGGCGGGUGGUGA